CGGACAGGAGUGGGAGCAGGUAGUCACGGAGGGACUCGGACACCAGGGGGCGGACACGGACACGGUGUGACACGGCUCCCGCUGCAGUGGAAGGACCAUGGGGGUCCCUGCGGCCCGGCUGCUGCUGCUGCUGCUGCUGCUCCCCGUGACCCCCAUACUCCUCGUGUCCCCCUGUUUCCCUUUGAUGCUGGACAUUUCCCCAGAGCUGGACCUGAGCAACCGGAGCAGCGGCUGUGCCGAGCUGGACUGGAGCCCGUUCCAGGGGCACCGGCGGCUGCUGCUGCGGCACAACGGCAUCGAGGCCCUGAGCGCCUCGGCCCGCCUGGGGCCGCGGCUGGAGGAGCUGGACCUGGCGGAGAACCGGCUGCGGGAGCUGCCCCGAGGCUUCUUCAGCAACGCCACGGCGCUGCGGAGCCUGAGGCUGGAGGGGAACCCCCUGGCCGCCGUGCCCCCCGCCGCCUUCCAGCCCUCGCUGCGCUCCCUGAGCGUGUCCUGCCGCUGCGACGUGCUGGGCACCGUCCUGGAGCCCUGUGCCCGCGGGGGCAUCCGCUGCCAGUGCCUCACCUCGCGCGGGCAUCCCUUCAACGUCACGGAAUUCCACGGCCGGGAGUGCGGGCCGGGCGCGGGCCCGGUGGCAGCGCUGGUGGCCGGGCUGGUGGCCGCGGUGGCCGCGCUGGUGGCAGCGCUGGUGGCCGCGGUUUGGUACCGGCGGAGGAGAGCGGGAGCCGCGGUGGGCGGCGGGGGAAGGGGGAAGCAGGAUCGCGCUGGAAGCCUCCGGCAGCCCCGCUACAUCAGCCGGGACACCGCGAGCGCCGAUGUCACCGACGGCCCCGACUACGAGAACGUCUUCGUGAGCCCCCGCACGGCCCCGGCUGCGGGAUUGGCACUGGCGUGGCAGGAGCCGCGCUACAGCCCCCAGGUCCCGCUGCACGAGGAUUAUUUCCUGGAGAGCGCGGCCGAUCCCGGGGACCAGCCCAUCUACGCCAACACUCUGGGCCCCACCGAGGACAUCUACCUCACCCCUGACCAGUGAGGGGCUGGGGAGGCACAGGGAGGCCUGGGGGGACGCUCUGUGUCCCUUUCCCUGGCUGUCCCCCAGCCCAGAGGGGACGGGGACAUUCCCCUGCGCGGUUCCCACGCACAUCCUGGGGCAGCGCCUUUCGAGGGGUUUUUUGGGUUUUUUGGCAGCCCCGGCUCCCUCCUUCGCCCCGGUUCUCAGGCGGAGGCGGGGGCUGAGCUGACAUUUCCUCCCGGGGCUGCGGGGACGCCUCGGCCGCAUCCGCCGGCAGCGGCACCGGAGCGGCGGGGCCGGGACACGCCCGGGGCCGGCGCGAGGAGCGGGGCUGACCACGGCCUCGGCUUCCUCUUCCCCUUUCGAGCCGAUGGAGAGGAGAGCUCGCCUGGGGACGGGCUGGCGGUUGGGGACAUCCGGUGCCACCUGCUCGAUCCUUUCCCGCUAAAUCUGCCGCUUUGGGGAACAAAGAACAAACUCCUUUUUUUUAAUCCUCCCGGUGGGACCCCGAGCUGUUGGGACAUAGGGAGCCCACGGUUUGUCUGGGUGUCCCCCCAGUCCCUGGGAGGCUUCAUU